AAUGGGGUUCUUUCUUCUCCCCCAAGUGACCCCGUCAGAUGCACUUCCAACAACACAAACUGCAUCAUCGAUAACGCUUAUGGCGCCUUCAACGACCGGAUCCCUUGCCGAGCAUCCAAAGUACUCUACCCUACCACCGAGAAAGAGCUUAUUUCCGUGGUGGCUUCGGCUUCAAAAUCCAACACAAAAAUGAAAGCAGCCACCAGGUAUUCCCACAGCUUCCCCAAGCUUGCGUGCCCUGGAGGCCAAGACGGGAUCAUAAUAAGCACCAAUAAGCUCAACCGUGUCGUGAACGUUGAUGUGGAAAACAGAAGAAUGACGGUAGAGAGUGGAGUCCUUGUGGGGGACCUGAUCAAUGAGGCGGCGAGGAAUGGGUUGGCAUUGUUACAGACGCCGAAUUGGUGGGGACUGACGGUGGCGGGACUGUUGGCGACGGGGGCUCACGGCAGCUCUUUGUGGGGAAAGGGCGGUGCGGUUCAUGAGUAUGUGGUGUCGAUGAGGAUUGUGACGCCGGCCACGGCGGAAGAAGGGUAUGCGAAGGUGAGGAGCCUGAGUGAGUCAGAUGAAGAACUAGAUGCAGCCAAGGUUUCACUUGGGGUUCUCGGGGUUGUUUCUCAGGUCACCUUCGAAGUAGAGCCCAUGUUUAAACGAGCAAUUACAUACGUCACGAAGAGUGAUGCAGACUUGGGAGAUGAAUUGAUUAGAUUUGGGAAAGAGCACGAGUUUGCUGAUUUGUCGUGGUAUCCUUCACAAAAGAAGGCUGCGUUCAGAAUUGAUGAUCGAGUGCCUUUUAAUCGGUCUGGAGAUGGUCUCUCUAAUAUACUCGCAUAUCGAUCUGCUCCCUCUGCUCAGUUAACUACUAUCAGAGGCACAGAGGAACUUCGAGAAGCAACAAGGGACGCUAAAGGAAAAUGCCUUGAUGCACAGAUGGAUAUCAGGACAGCUGAGACAUCUGCUUAUGGCUUCACUAACAACGGCGCAAACUUUACUGGAUACCCAGUGAUUGGACAAAACAAUCGCUUGCAAUCAUCUGGGCCAUGCCUAGAUAGUAAAGAAGACGCGUUGCUGACCGUAUGCCCCUGGGAUUCUAGAUUCCAACUUGCGUUCUAUCAUGACACGACCUUCACCAUCUCCUUGUCUAAUGUUUCAAGUUUCAUCAAAGAUGUGCAGAAGCUAGUUAAAUUAGAGCCACGAGCACUGUGUGGAGUAGAUCUCUAUGAAGGCUUUCACCUGCGCUAUAUCAAAGCUUCAAGUGCUUACUUGGGAAGAACAAAAGAUUCUGUGGAUUUUGAUAUUUUAUAUUACAGAAGCAAGGACCCACUGGCUCCUAGACUCUUUGAGGACAUUCUUGAGGAGAUUGAGCAGAUAGGGUUGUUUAAAUAUGGAGGGUUGCCCCAUUGGGGAAAGAACAGGAAUUUAGCAUUCAAUGGAGUGAUCAAGAAGUAUCCAAAUGCAAGCAAAUUUGUAAGUGUGAAAAGAAAGUAUGAUCCACAAGGACUUUUCUCGAACGAGUGGACAGAUCAGAUUCUAGGGUUAAAAAAAGGUACAACGAUAAUGAGAGAUGGGUGUGCUCUCGAAGGCUUAUGCAUAUGCUCAGAGGAUCGUCAUUGUGCUCCAACCAAAAAAUAUUUUUGCAGGCCUGGGAAGGUUUAUAAGAAAGCUAGGGUUUGUGCUUUCGAAGGCUGAGAUUUAUCUGAACAAAAACCUUGUAGCAGAAGAAUAAUU